CACCCUCCGCUCGGCGCUAUGCUGGAGCCGCGCUUUCCGGCAUCGUCGGUGUACAGUGCCCUGCCGACCAACGGCGAUGACUCGCCAGGCGUGUUGGGCGAGGACACCGAAGCUCUGCGCCUGGAGGAGAGCCCGACGAAGCCGAAGUCCCCGUACCCACGGCGCAGGAAGAUGUUGAUAACCAAUGACGAGUUCAUGCAGGGCUCCGACCUCUUGGCACAGGCCCAGCACCUCCCCUUUGGCUCCAGCAUCAAGGAGACCUUCAUGGGCAUCAGCAUCGUUGUGUCGAUCUUCUCGGACAUGCCGUCCCGGCACUUCCUGCACUUCGGCUUCGUCUUCAUCUCGUACCUGCUGGUGGUCUUCACCGGGGCGGUGCAGAUGCAGCUAGUGGACACCUCCUUCUUCCGGGCGGUUGGUCUGCUUCUGGCGGUGCUGCUCUCCCUUCGCGCCAAGAACGCCGUGUCGCGGCGCCAGAAGCUGAUGGCAGGAGUUCUGGACAUGAUGAACUGCGCCAAGAACUUGCUGUAUCUCAUCCACUUCGAGCCCAAGAGUCAGUUCCUCCUGCGGCGAAUGUUGGAGUUCUGCUUCUUGGAGGUGGCCGCCUGGGCGCUGCCCUUCGAGCCGUCGGAGCAGGCCACGUCGGACUUAGAGAUCUUGCCGGAGGAGUUCCGGGAGGUGGCCUUCGUGCUCCGCGCCAAGCACGGGGCACACAUUUCUCCGCGCCCGCUGCUUCUGUACCUGCGGGAGAUGUGCGACCAGCUCUUUGAUCCGGAUCUAGCCACCUCCCACGCAGGGAGUGAGAAGAUGGACAGGAUCUCCAUCAUUCGGCGCUUCCACCGGAACUUGGAGGACGAGCUUCAUUUGUUGUUUUCGAAGUUCGACUUCUUGCUGAUGUUCCGGGAGAACUUUGUGACCUCGCAGUUCCGCUGGAUGCUGGAGACGGUGAUCUUCGUUUACGUGGUGCUGUACCCUUGGUGUGUGUGUAACGAGUCCAACCUGGUGCUUGGGGCCACCACAGUGGGCAUGGCCUGCGUCUUCUACGGUCUCAACGCUCUCACUGAGCAGCUGGAGGAUCCGGUGCACCACCAGACGCAGGGCUUUGACCUGCGGAAGACCUUCGUUAACCUGUUCCAGGAGCUGGACAGAGAUGAAGCUGUGCGGCAGUGCUGCCGUUCCUUCGUCCAGCGGCACCAGGCGGCGGGGGCUCCAAUCACCGAGGAGCUACACCGGCAGUUCGAGGAGUCCAUUCGCCUGGAGGGACCGCCGCCCUCGGCCAGGAUCUGGGCGUGAGCUCGGGCGCGGAAUGGUUGGGUUCCAUGAGGUCCAUGGACUCAGAAGGGUAAAGAAGUAAAGAAGACCGAACCUCUCGCUUGAGGCGUCCAAGAAGGGUUCUCCAGAGAAACCGAAUUUUGUCUCAAUCUUUUUGGCGAGCUCCUGCUUUGGAAGGACUCAAAAUGGGGCCAGAGGGAGCAAGCAAAACAACAUAUGCAUAGAAGGGUCGGACUUGCCUGUUGCCCUACUGACUAGGGACAAGCCCGACUUUUUGGCAAAGGUUCAAAGACCAACCCAGCGGAGUCGUCCGGUUUCGGGGGCCCUUUUGACCUGGCAACUCACUCGCGCAUAGCUUGGAUUUCCAAGAAGGGUGAAGCACUAAGCCAAGAGCCCGAGUUGAACGUGUUCGGCA